GGGUAGGAUAGAUGCUGUGUAUAUAGUAGGUUAAAUUUCGUCAUAGUCCGAAUUACUGGUACUUGAGAGACUGGACAAUACAUGGAUGGAUCAGAAAAUGUCUUAAAUACGGUGCCCAAGAAAAGGCAUUAUAUACUUUGAAAAACAAGGUGCAGUAUGGAAUAUUCCCAAAUGAUUUCACGUUUAACUUAUUACUUGAUACAUUCAUAAAAAAAGAGAAUUUUGAAGAUGCUGUCUCUGUAGUGUUUGAGAUCAUGCUGCAAGAGAGCUUCGACAAUGUCUCCACACAGCUCCUGUCCCUCUAUGCCUUACAUAAAUAUCUCUCUGGAAAUCCACAGCUGACGUGGGUGUUAGAGAAGAACCUGGGAGCAUCACUGUUGCUGGCAGGCAUGCAUCAAGAGAACACAGUGGGGUACAGUUCACAGCUAUAUGGAAACACAUUGCUUGGAGUAGUUGAGCUUUCCCGGGGUCUCCGUGCUGUUUAUACACAAAUGCCGCUAAUCUGGAAACCAGGUUAUUUCCACAGAGCUUUGAAUGUUAUGGAGAAGGUUUCACAGAUGCCUGGAGAAAUCAAGAUAACCAAAGAUGUAAUUGAACUGUUAAAAUCGGCGUUGGAGUCUGCCAUUUUGAGUGAGAAGGAAAAGGUACCAUCUGAAAAUGAUGAAGUUUCAGAAGACACGUCAAUGUGCCCUGAGGACUUGGAGAAGACAGAAGCAGAGAUGCUGCCGGAAUAUCUUACUAGAUUUCAGGAACUUCACGAAAAGCUUGAAUCUCUUGGUAAAAUUGAGACUACUGACCUGCUGAACCUGACCACACAUUUAGUCCUUGAGAAGCUGCCUGAAUGUGAGAAGCCAGACAUUGAAAAAUAUGAGGCACAACUCAAGGAAUGGCAAAGUGAUGAGGCGGGGCUGAUAGCAAGAGAGAAAGAGAUAAGGGAGAAGCUAAAAAUUGAGUAUGAGGCCAGAGAGGCAGCCAAGUCCUCUGCACAAUAA